UCGCUUUUAAGUAUACGGAUAUACGCAUGCUUCAAUCUUUAUGUUUCCGCUCAUGAAACAGCUUAUUACCCCAGGCAGGAUAUGAACUUUCAAAAACAUCUGAUUUACAAGUUAACACAGCGGCAGACGAGAGUUUACGAAGUGCGACGUUGCAUGUAAUCAAAAACAAAGACUUGAAAAUUCCUUCUCGAAGAGCACUUUUAAUUAAUGGAAUAAUAAUGAUGCUUUUAAGUCAAAAUUUCAUGAUUCCACCUCUGCAAGAGAUGAGACAAGUCUUAUGAGUUGUGGUUGGAUAUAUAUGUCAAUAUGAGGCGGUCGAAACAGUGCACUAAACCGUGACUGGGAUUCUAAUGUAUUGAAAUUGGAUUUACCAGGAAAAGUCGUGAGCAAAUAUUGACGUAGCUGUUUAUAUUUGAGAGCUUAAUUGAUUGGGUAACACUCGAACUGUUUAAUACUGUACAGUAAGUACACUUAGAUGAACUAGUAAAUUAUAGCUACACUGAAUUAUGAAUUUGUUAUAAGAUAUUUUUUGUAGUUUAAUUUUUCAAAUGAUUCCAACAUGCAUCGCUAUCGGUCCAAUGACGUCUUCCAGACAAUGUUGAACGAACAUUUUGAAUAAAGUCAAUAACAUUCCAACAUGAAUACGACAAUAGCAUUCCAACAUAUCAGUGCAACCCUACCAAUCAUAUAAUGUUCAUCCACUGAAACCCAACGAUUUUGCUUUUUGCAUCCAACAACGUAGGAUGAUACUCGACGGAACGAUAACGGUCCUAAACACCUUAUGAUCUUCUUCAGCAGUAUACUCAGUAGAAUAUCACAUAAUCAGCUUUAGUUCAAGCCUUUAUUCUUAAUGUUAUUGUUAUUUAACUUUGACUUGGUGAAAACACUACGUUCCCUUAGUAUUUCGCAAAGCUUUGAAUUGUCAUCUGUAUUCAUAAAUAACACAUGACCAGAUCCGAGCUUAUUUGAGGCUUAUGAUGGAUUGAACGCUUCAUUGCAACGCAAACUCCCACAACGAACUCAAGGUAGAUUAUAAAUAGAACUCUACUCUAUAAAUAAUUAUAAUUGAGAAAAAGGAAUGGCAUCAUGAAAGGUCGAUGGAAGUAUGCCAGUCUGCCAAAGCAAAUUUCGAUUCCUGCGACAUGAUACCAUUCAGUUUGCCUCAGGUUAAUUCUUCCUGCAAAACUAGACCAUGCAUGCACUACGGCACUAGCUAUAACGUUUAAGAGAUGAACCUUUUAUGAAGUUUACGCCCGUAUUCUAAAAGCUCACUCAUACUCAAUGAGUGGAGGUUCAAUCUGAGCUUCUCUUGAGUGUCAAUGCUGUUUUUGAAUAGCUGGAGGGUGAGUAGUCACAUAGUAAGGUAUGACAUUAUAUAGCCCUCCAGCUGUUCAAAAACAGCACUAACACUCAAGAGAAGCUGAGAUUGAACCUCCACUCAUUGAGUGUACGUGAGCGUUAGUCUUUAGAACUGAUAAAGCUAUCCAGUAUAAAUAAUCUUUGCCUUAGUUUUGGUUUCCUCCAGUAAUCAUACUUUCUUCCAGUAAUCAUUACUGGACCUGUGGAGCUGUGGGAAAAACAUGUUCGAACUGAUGGAAUUAUCCAGAUUUAAGGACUGCAGUUUGUUUUAGUGGUAUAUAUAUAUAUAUAUAUAUAUAUAUAUAUAUAUAUAUAUAUAUAUAUAUAUAUAUAUAUAUAUAUAUAUAUAUAUAUAUAUAUAUAUAUCGCUGUUCACUCCCGAAUCGAGGAAAUUUAAAAUACAUGACAGUGAAUCUCAGACAAACACAGUGAACAACAGUAGUUCUCGACGGGACAGUUUUAUAACGAGCUUGUGGCAAAACAAAUAGAACAAACAAUCUAAUUUAUCAAUCAACAAUGUCGUGGCCUCGUGUUCGCUUUGUUUUGAUCAAAAUAAAAUACAACUAAACCCUAAUACAAUAGCAUAAAAAAAUGCUAUUAAAAUUAGUAAAAAUUCGCGUGAUGUUUUGAUUAAUGUAUCAACACCAACACUAAUAAAUGUGUUGAAUGUGUUGUCUAUCUUCCAACGCAUGCACGCCACUUGAACUUUAAGAGAAAACUUAACGCUUAAAAUAAAUUAUUUCCCUCGCAUGUUGGAAUCUUUUAAUUAAAAAUAGAAGACGAAUAAUUAAAAGAUUAUUAAGACUUUUUGGUCACGCAAAUUGAUACGAUUUGGGCAGUGAUAUUUCGUGACUUUUGUGGGUUUAAAAUUUGCGGUUUGCGUCCAGUAAUCAGUAUUCAUUAAAAUACAUAUUAAUGUUUACAAGUAAAUGUGCCAUGCAUUUAUAAACAGCGCAGAAAAGAUAUUAUUGCAGAUAAAUGAAUAAUGAUAUAAAUAUUUUAUGUGUUUUUCAGAUAAAACGUAGCCGCAAUAUUUAAGGUUUCAAUAAAUUAUCAAAGAAUUGUGUCCUGAAGUUCUUAGACGCGCUAAAUACCCCGCCAAACAGCUGGUAAAUAGUAAUCUGAAAACGUUAUCAUCGCAAAUGAUUUCCCCUACUCAUUUUGAAAUAGGUAUAUUAUAUAAAUAUAUACAUAAACAAAACUGUGUCAACAAAUUUAGGUCACUCAAGUCUAAUUUUGACUCAAUUGCUGCAAUUUACGAAUGCAUCAGUGCAAAUCAUUUGUAUUGGGGCAGACCAUAAAUAUAUUCAUGUAUUUAUAUUACAUCAUGGGAGUAAACACGCAAUAUUAUAUCAGAUUUCAAUAUCACAAAAGCCACCGUGUGUAGAGGUCUUUGUUUUGAGACAAAACACGAUAGAUGAAUGAUACAGAUAACAACACCACUUAAAAAAGCCGAACAAAAUCUGACACCAUCAAUCCGUGUUCGCGGAUUAAGGUACAAUAUUGUGUACAUACAGAAUAUAAACUACAUGGGCUAACGCACUUUCUCUUCGCAGUGACGCAGAUGAACAGCAUUGAGGAUUUCACCAAGGGACAAUAUAUUAUGUUUAAUUAUCAAUUCUUAAUCACAGCUUGGCCUUAAAAGAUACAAUGACGUGCUUAUGACUGUAAUAUCAGCUAGAAAGUAAAUUCUCUUCUCUUAAAAGAACCUAUUUUCCUGCAUUUUCUCUUGACAGGAUGGACACCGUUCAAAUUUUCACUGCAACAAUGUCGUGGAUAAUUUUCGUGAUAUCUGUCAUCGGGAAUGUAACACUAAUCAUCGCUUUGAAGCACCAUUUCAGCCGUUCAUCACGGCUUUAUAUCUGUCUAAUGUUCAACUUGGCUACAGCUGAUCUCGUGUUUGUAGUCUCUUCGAUUCCAUUCAACUUUGUAGAAAGACUUUUUGCGCCUCGAUUCCCGUUUGGUCCAGUAUUAUGUAAGCUAGUAAUGCCAUUCCAAACUAUGGCAGCGAUGACUGCGAUAUUUACGCUGGUAACUCUGAGCUGUCAACGAUAUUUUAUGAUAGUGCGGCCGACCGAAGAUACGCGGGAAGGCCAGAAGGUGUCGCUAAUUAUAACUUUUCUUAGUCUGUGGUUGUUGCCGGUCAUAUUAGCAGCAGUUCCUCUUGCGAUAGCUUUACGAUAUGAAGAUGGAAAGUGCGCGGAGUCUUGGUCGGAUGUUUAUAGUCAAUGUUUUACGGUGUAUUUAACAAUGAUUCAGUAUGUCGGACCGCUCGGAGUCAUAGCAUGGUGCAAUGGACGAGCAGUCGUGGAACUCAGAAGGUACGAGAGAUGUUUAAUGGUAGAUAAUGUUUCAUUCUUCUUUAAUAUCUUUUUUCUUCAAUGCGUUUCUCGGAUGAUUCCAUCCUUUCUAUUUACGUUUCUACCUUAUUCAUCAGUUCUCCUUUAUUUCAUUUUGACCAUAAUGUGCUGUAUUCCUCGUCAUCAUGUCUGUAAUUCGUUUCCCUUCAUUCUGAUUUGCCAUCUUCCUUCCUUUCUCCCUCUUCCCUCCAUACCUUCCUUCCUUUCUCCCUCUUCCCUCCAUACCUUCCUUCCUUUCUUUCUCCCUCUUCCCUCCAUACCUUCCUUCCUUUCUCAAACGCCUUUUAUCUACCAAUUUAUUGCUAUCCUGGUUUUCCUUUCUCUCUCUCUCUCCAUAACUUCCUUCGUUUCUCAAAUGCCUUUAAUCUACAAAUCUACUUUUCAUUCUGGUUUUCUCUCUCUCUCCCUUAAUUUCUUUCUCUCUGUGACCUUCUCCCCUUUCAUUUCCUGGCAUUCUUUCUACCAUUCAUCUUCCACGCCUUUCUACAUUCCCCUAACCAUCCUUAAUUUCCACAUAGAGUGUUUUAGAUUUUACUACAAGAUUCCUUUAUUUGGAUACGCCAUAUUCUUAGUCAUUUUUACGUCAUCAGAAAGACAAAGACAAACCAUUUAUUUAGCACCCAGAAAUUACAACUAAUUAACAUUUUAACAAUAGACAUUACACGAAAAUUGUGGUGCAAGCUAACUGUAAUAAUCUUGUAGGGUUAGACGAGAUUAGCUUGUAAUUUAAUGUUUAUCGUAGAUCUUCCAUUUUCUAGUAAACUGUAGGGAGCCACCGAAAACGUUUCUUAUGAAAUAAUUAAAUGGAUAAAAGUAGAACAAUUUAUAGUUUAAUUUUGUGUAUGAUCAUAGACAAUCCAGAAGGCCAUAGACAAUCCAGAACACAUCUGGAUUGUCUUCUGGAUUGUCUACUGUAUGAUCAAGUGCAUUUGUUGAGGUAAUUAGUACUUAUACCUAUAAAAUGGACCUAUUCCCUAAAGAGUCCAGACAAACAUUUCACCACAGCUUGAAAGAGUAUCACAAAAUUAGUAAUAUUCCGAAGUUUCGUUGCGAAAUGUUGUAAAAUGCGGAUAAUAUAGCCCUGCGAAGUCUGCCGUUUUUCAGUCAUUUUGUAUUACGCACGGGAAAUUGAUACCGCUUUCUGAAAAAAGGUAUCAAUUUCCCGUGCGUAAUACAAAAUGACUGAAAAACGGCAAACUUCGCAGGGCUAAAUUAUCCGCAUUUCGCAACGAAACUUCGGAAUAUUACUAAUUUUGUGAUGCUCUUUCAAGCCGUGGUAAAUUUUUUGUCUAGACUUGUCUAGAUUAAAAUUUUGUUCAUUAGGUAAUAGGUCCAUUUAGAACGACUUAAACUUUUCUUCGCGUAUACGUAGCCAGUAUCGCAGUUCAAGAAAAACCCAUGUGCUUCCUUCCUUUCGUUUUUACAUCCAUCUAUCUCUCUCCUUCCACUUAUCAGUUUUUUAAUAUUUCUACCGAUUUACAGGCACGAUCUGUAUAGAGAGAACUAUGCUAUCAUCAACGCUACAAUCCUGGAACGUCACAACAACGUCGUGCGCAUGCUCAUAUGCAUCGUAGCUGUAUUCGCCAUAUUUUGGUUUCCAGGGCAACUCGCAUGGAUAGUACUCACAUUUUCACACGGUGAUGAAAGAUGGACGACACUACUCGAGGUUUCAGAGCUAUUUGUUUUUGCGAACUCAGCGCUAAAUCCUCUAAUAUUUUUCAUAUACAAUGGUGAAUAUUCAUUUGGAAAACUGGGCUACUUGUUAAGAUUUAAGCAAAAUAAUUCACAUUUGACUAGAUUCCGAGUUAGGAGUGGUUCUGGCACAGCUGAUAUGUUAUCUACGGUAUAAAGUCGGGCUACGGUCGUAGCAAUCUCAGCCGAGUGUCGCGGAAAACCUCGUGAGGUUGGACAAUCCCAUAGAUGAUGAUGUGUUUUCGUACGUUAUAGAAACACACUUGGUUCUGGCCAUGAGCAGAAUUUAAUUAUAUUUAUUGCCAGAGCAUGCGAUUACAGUUUGAGAGAAAGUUCUUCUAAGCUACGGUGGUUACAUUAUGUAGGCAACUUUCAAAAUAGUACAGAUUUAAUAAUAAAUAUAUAGAAAUAAGAGUAUUGAUUUAAUUAAUUAAAGUGUACACCUAACCUCAAUCUUUUUAUCAUCUCAUUCUGAAGAACUUCUGAAAUGAUAUAAUAACUUAUCUUGAAGAUUUUCGUUCGCUCACUUUGUUUCUGAGAUAUUUCAGUUUGUUUGGUAUGCCAACCCAAUAUCCGGAAUUUACGUCACAAAUUGGAGUUUGAACAGUGACUAUGAAUACGGAUAUUCCAUUUCCAUACACGUUACAAUAUAGAAACAUAUAAACAACAACAGGUUCCAAGGCUGACAACAACCGAAGGUUUCAAUAGUACUGUGUUAUUACAUCACUAAAUUCAUACUAGUCUACACACAUAAAAAUCUCACAACUUGUCAACAAGAUGUGUUCGCAACAGGCUUGUAGCAAGCUUGUCAACAAGUUGUAACAAUGCUGUUCUUUUAUCAAGUUGCUACAAGAUUGUCACUCACAACUUGUUGACCGAUUGUUGAAUUGCAGGACGAUAACAAGUUGUAACAAGUCUGUUGAGCUAAACAACCUUGUAGCAAGUUUUCAACAAGCCGUUGCAAGCUGGGAACAAGCAGUGCGAACACAUCCUGUUGACAAGUUGUUGGGAAAAGCAUUGCUACAAGUCUGCUGCAGGUUUGUUACAACUUGUGUGUGUACUUCACUUGUUGCAAUCUAAUUUGCGCUCUGCCAUCCAAAAUGGAGGGAAAGGCCUGGUCGUAUAGCACGAGAGAGGCUAAUUCUCGUUUUCAAUCUAGUAACUUGGGGUGUCCAAAUGGUCAAUUGCUUGGAUACAUUUUUUGUCCCAAUCGAACCCGCAAGACCCUGGAACAAAUGUAAAUAUAUAUUGUUUAAAAAAAAACCAAGACCCUGAGAUGUUGGACAUUUACAAAUAUUAUAUGUAUACAUUCAAAGGGUGGAUGUACCAACGCUUUGACCACUGAGCUAUUUGGACACCCCCUUCAUUGCUGAGGAAAAUAAGCAAUACAAUUUAGUCGCGAUUUCUAGAUAGCAUAAAAAUCUUGGUGAUCCUAGGAACGACCUUGCAUGUCUCAGGACUCGUAAAUAUAUUUGUCAUUUUAAAUUAUUUACAAAUUAUGAUAUUUUGAACAGAACUUUAUGGAUGUAAAAAUCCCAUUGUUACAACUUAUCCUGGUCUGUGUUAGGGAGCCCUUCUUCCACUAUAGCUGUUUCAGGCGACUCAUCUAAACGCUUCAUCAAGUCAUUACUAAGAUUCCUAGUCCUCAACAACUCCACAAAACUCCCGCGAAAAAUCUCUUUGUCGUCAGCCGCCACUUUAAUAACUUGUGACGAGCCUUGGGUACUCUUGUCCAGCCCAUUACCAUGGCAACUACCAGCGGGGGUGUAAAGUCCGGUAAGCGACGAGUAGAUCGCUGCUGGGACCAUGUGUUGUUCACUGUCUUUUGCCGAGUUCUCAUGAAGUUUGUCCAGUAAAUUCUUCGGUAUUGCUGGCGCGUAUCUUGAAUCCACCCGCGGGCCGUCACUGCCGCUUGUGUCUUGGCUAUCUGACGCCCGCGAUUUUAACAGAGUCUUGACUGCCUCGUGACGAGUCCCGGUCUGUGACGAAAUCUCCCAACGAUAUCCGCAACAAAAAAACACGGAGGCUAAAAAUUUUUUCAGUCUCCCAUAACAUUCGUUGUUGUAGGUAAAGAAUAGCACAGGGUUUAAUACGCAGUACAUGUAGUUAAAAAUAUCGACCAAUGACAGAAUUGCAAAGUAGUUCGAGUUAUUUUUUAUUUCUGUAACAACAGGUAUUAACCACAUGAUCUGUCCCGGGAGCCCAAAUAAUGCGAAAAUGAGGAUUAUGGAUAUGAGCAUCUUGACAAUUCUUUUGUGCGCGUGAAGAUUGUCCGCUGAGAGUCUCGCAGUGUUUAGUCUGAACAUGUAACGUCUGGA